ACAGUCACGCUUUAUUUGCACUCGCACCUCGCCGCCAAAGACAUUGACGCCCGCACCCACCACCGCACCUGCCCGCCUCGGCUAGCGCGUGUUCUGCCGGGCACCUCCGCCGGCGCAUCCCGCACGCAUUACCUCAUCGGCGGGCGCUCAACGUCGGACGCGCCCACACGCGCCCAGCAUGGUCAAGCCACUCUCGUUCAAAGGCGACAAGAAGGUCAAGAAGCGCAAGCGCGUCGCCGACGAUGGCAGCGGCGACGCGGAUGCCCGCGCGUCCAAGGCGCCGACCACAGCGUCGGCCUCGGCCACGGACGCUGCGCAAGAGGACGACUCGUGGGUGAGCGCCGACGCGCCCACCGACAUCUCGGGGCCCAUCAUUGUCGUGCUGCCAACGGAGCUGCCGACGUGUCUGGCCUGCGACGCCAACGGCAAGGUCUUCUGCAGCCAGAUCGAGAACUGCGUCGACGGCGACGCGGCCACCAGCGAGCCCCACGAUGUGAGGCAGGUCUGGGUCGCCACCAGGGUCGCCGGCACCGAGUCCUUCAGCCUGAAGGGCCACCAUGGCCGCUAUCUGGGCUGCGACAAGUAUGGCAUCCCGAGCGCAACAUCGACGGCCAUCUCGCCCGCCGAGUCCUUCACCGUCAUCCCCGUACCCGACAACCCCUCCACCUUCGGCCUGCAGACGGCGCGUGACACAUUCCUCACCGUCGACGACUCCAAAGCAAGCGGGCCCGAUGUGCGCGGCGACGCCGAGGCCAUCACCUUCAACACCACCCUGCGCAUACGCAUGCAGGCGCGCUUCAAGCCGCGGCACAAGGUUGCCAAGGCCGAGAAGGCGCUGGAGAAGAUUAGCAAGAAGGAGCUCGAGGACAUGAUUGGCCGGAGGCUGGACGACGACGAAGUCAAGAAGCUGAGGAAGGCGCGGAGGGAGGGCACCUUCCACGAGGUUUCGCUGGCGUACAAGGUCAAGACUAGCCACGACAAGUAUGCUUAAUACCAAGUUCAUUCUUCACAGGCGCCUUCGCCUCUUGCGACUCACGCCUGCUGCGGCGAUGCCUUCUCAACGCCGACAAUCUGAGCCAGCCCGGCAAUACUGGUGUGGUCGACCGUGUUUUGCAUCCUGUACAUGUACUCGCACUUGCC